CCGCCCCCACCAUGGCCGCAUCCACCCUGUCCGUCUGCUCCAGCGACCGGAGCUACGGCAGCCGCGUCUGCCUGCCCGGCUCCUGUGACUCCUGCCCCGACUCCUGGCAGGUGGACGACUGCCCAGAGAGCUGCUGCGAGCCCCCCUGCUGUGCCCCCCCCUGCUGUGCCCCCCCCUGCUGUGCCCCCACCUGCUGUGUCCCCACCUGCUGCGCCCCCACCUGCUGUGACCCCAGCUGCUGUGAUUCCAGCUGCUGUGUCCCCACCUGCUGUGCCCCCACCUGCUGUGACUCCAGCUGCUGUGCCCCCUCCUGCCUGACCCUCAUCUGCACCCCUGCGAGCUGCGGGUCCAGCCCCUGCCCGUCAGCCUGCACCAGCUCCUGCCAGCGCUCCCCCUGCCAGGAAGACUGCUGUGUGUCUGUCUGCUGCAAGCCCGUCUGCUGCACCCCUGUCUGCUGCACCCCUGUCUGCUGCAAGCCCGUCUGCUGCACCCCUGUCUGCUCCGGGCCCUCCUCCUGCUGCCAGCCCAGCCCCUGCUCCUCGUCCUGCUGCAGACCGUCCUCCUGCGUGUCCCUGCUCUGCCGCCCCGUGUGCAGACCCGCCUGCUGCGUGCCUGCCUCCUCCUGCUGUGCCCCUGCCUCCUCCUGCCAACCCAGCUGCUGCCGCCGGGCCUCCUGCGUGUCCCUGCUCUGCCGCCCUGUGGGCUCCCGCCAGGCAUGCUGUGUGCCCGCCUCGGCCCAGAAGUCCUGCUGCUGA